AGAGCGGCCCGCGCCAGCGAGUGAGUACCCGCCGCCUGCGCACAGCUCCGCCCGCCCCUCCCUGCCUCCUUUUCUUCCUCAGCGGGUCCGCGGCCCGCUACUCUCCGGGAGGGGCGCUUCCCGACGCCAAGGGAGGCAGUGCCUUGUAGUCGAAUGAAAGUGUGUUUUUGGAAUCAGAUACAUUCAGCUUCAACUCUCAGCCCUUUACCAGCUUAUCAGCUGUUUGCGUAAGUUUCCUCAUGUGGAACAUCGUGAUCUGAAUACCUACGACGCAGAGUUGUGAUACUAGAUACUAAAGUGUUUGGAUUGUAUUGUUACACACUUGUCCUAAAUUGAGGCUGAAUAUAAACUGAAAAAAUGGAAAAUGAAGUAUCAGGGAUGUAUGCGUGUGUAGGUUGAAGAAAAAAAAACAACAACCUAGGAUCAGUUUGGGGAGAAUUGAUAUGUUUACUAUGUUGAAGCUUCCAACCCGUUGGCAUGACAAAAGGAUGCCACGGAGAAAGAAAAAAGUUAAAGAAGUCUCCGAAUCUCGGAACCUGGAGAAGAAGGAUGUGGAAACUACCAGUUCUGUCAGUGUGAAGAGGAAGCGUAGACUUGAGGAUGCAUUCAUUGUGAUAUCCGAUAGUGAUGGAGAGGAACCAAAGGAGGAAAAUGGAUUGCAGAAAACGAAGACAAAACAGUCGAAUAGAGCAAAGUGUUUGGCCAAAAGAAAAAUUGCACAGAUGACAGAAGAAGAACAGUUUGCUCUGGCUCUCAAAAUGAGUGAGCAGGAAGCUAGGGAGGUGAACAGCCAGGAGGAGGAAGAAGAGGAGCUCUUGAGGAAAGCCAUUGCUGAAAGCCUGAAUAGUUGCCGGCCUUCUGAUGCUUCCGCUACCAGAUCUCGACCUCUGGCCACUGGACCGUCUUCCCAGUCCCACCAAGAGAAAACCACAGACUCUGGGCUCACUGAAGGCAUAUGGCAGCUGGUACCUCCAUCACUGUUUAAAGGCUCACAUAUCAGUCAGGGAAACGAGGCUGAGGAAAGAGAGGAGCCUUGGGACCACACUGAAAAAACUGAAGAGGAGCCGGUCUCUGGCAGCUCAGGAAGCUGGGACCAGUCAAGCCAGCCAGUGUUUGAGAAUGUGAACGUUAAAUCUUUUGACAGAUGUACUGGCCACUUGGCUGAGCACACACAGUGUGGGAAGCCACAGGAAAGUACUGGGAGGGGUUCUGCUUUUCUCAAAGCUGUCCAGGGUAGCGGGGACACAUCUAGGCACUGUCUACCUACCCUAGCAGAUGCCAAAGGUCUCCAGGACACUGGGGGCACUGUGAACUACUUCUGGGGUAUUCCAUUCUGCCCUGAUGGAGUAGACCCUAACCAGUAUACCAAGGUCAUUCUCUGCCAGUUGGAGGUUUAUCAAAAGAGCCUGAAAAUGGCUCAGAGGCAGCUCCUAAAAAAAAAAGGUUUUGGGGAACCAGUGUUACCUAGACCUCCUUCUCUGAUCCAGAAUGAAUGUGGCCAAGGAGAGCAGGCUAGUGAAAAAAAUGAAUGCAUCUCAGAAGAUAUGGGAGAUGAAGACAAAGAGGAGAGGCAGGAGUCUAGGGCAUCUGACUGGCACUCAAAAACCAAGGAUUUCCAGGAAAGCUCAAUUAAAAGCUUGAAAGAGAAACUUUUGUUGGAGGAAGAACCAACAACCAGUCAUGGUCAGUCUUCCCAAGGGAUUGUUGAAGAAACUUCUGAAGAGGGAAACUCUGUACCUGCUUCACAAAGUGUUGCUGCUUUGACCAGUAAGGGAAGCUUAGUCCUUAUGCCAGAGAGUUCUACAGAAGAAAUCACUGUUUGUCCUGAGACACAGCUAAGUUCCUCUGAAACUUUUGACCUUGAAAGAGAAGUCUCUCCGGGUAGCAGAGAUAUCUUGGAUGGAGUCAGAAUAAUAAUGGCAGAUAAGGAGGUUGGUAACAAGGAAGAUGCUGAGAAGGAAAUAGCUAUUUCUACCUUCUCAUCCAGUAACCAGGUAUCCUGCCCGCUAUGUGACCAACACUUUCCACCCACAAAGAUUGAACGACAUGCCAUGUACUGCAAUGGUCUGAUGGAGGAAGAUACAGUAUUGACUCGGAGACAAAAAGAGGCCAAGGCCAAGACCAAGAGUGACAGUGGAACAGCUGCCCAGACUUCUCUAGACAUUGACAAGAAUGAGAAGUGUUACCUCUGUAAAUCCCUGGUCCCAUUUAGAGAGUAUCAGUGUCAUGUGGACUCCUGUCUCCAGCUUGCAAAGGCUGACCAAGGAGAUGGACCUGAAGGGGGUGGAAGAGCAUUUUCAACUGUGGAGGGGAAGUGGCAGCAGAGGCUGAAGAACCCAAAGGAAAAAGGCCACAGUGAAGGCCGACUCCUUAGUUUCUUGGAACAGUCUGAGCACAAGACUUCAGAUGCAGACAUCAAGUCUUCAGAAACAGGAGCCUUCAGGGUGCCUUCACCAGGGAUGGAAGAGGCAGGCUGCAGCAGAGAGAUGCAGAGUUCUUUCACACGUCGUGACUUAAAUGAAUCUCCCGUCAAGUCUUUUGUUUCCAUUUCAGAAGCCACAGAUUGCUUAGUGGACUUUAAAAAGCAAGUUACUGUCCAUCCAGGUAGUCGGACACGGACCAAAGCUGGCAGAGGAAGGAGGAGAAAAUUCUGAAUUUCUAGGGUCCAAAAGUUGGCAAAACCAUUAGUAGGAGGGGUGGGCCAUGUUCAUUAAGCCAUAGUGGUCCCUAGUUCAUUGUUGAGCAAGUUUUAGCCCUGCAGUUUUCACCACCAGCACCCACUCAGCAUUCUGGUUUUUAUGUUUUUUAUGAUCUAUGCAGACAACUGUGUAUUCUGUUUUAUAACAGUUUGUUUGAAUUUACUUACAGUUAAAAAAUUUAAAUAUAUUUAUGUUUGUACGAAA